AUGUCUGACUUGCCUCAGGACUGUCUCGACGCUCUGGAAGCCCUUCGCUUCUCUAUCGCGAAGGCUAGCGCGCAUGCCUUUCUAACUGAACUCCGGAAAAUUGAUCAGCACAUUCAAAGCGUUUUCACUGCAGCGGUGAACAAAGCCUACAAUAUUCACGCACCGGUGAACAAGCUUCCACCCGAGCUGCUCGGACGAAUUUUCCUGCUUUGCCAGCCACACUACGACGAUUUCCUGCCUCGCUGGCCAAGCCCUCGUUCACUUCUGUGGACUGCAAUCACUCGCGUUUGCACUCAUUGGGGGCACACCGCUAUUUCUCUUCCCGCUUUAUGGUGUACCCUUGACCUAAGCCGCAACGACCCUGUCGAAGUUGGGCGAACGUUUCUCACUCGAUCCGCUGGAAGUCCCCUCACCGUUUUCUUCUCUUCCGGCGAGGAUGUCGCGCUGUCCAGGAACGAUGUCGGUGUCCUAGAAGAUGCUGUGGUCCAUCAUCUUGCGCGCCUAAAAGCCCUCCACAUCGUCGUCGAGCGCUACGAGGAUCUCCGCCAGCUCUGCGAUUUCCUCAAGGGUACCCCUCAGCACUUGCUGAGCCUGUCCCUUCGCAUUCGGGAUUCAUCACGGGGUCGAUGGAUCGACGAAGGAUGUGCCGUCUUUGACAAGCAUCUGCCAUCUGUGCGCAAGUUGACUUUAUCGCACUGCGCUGCAUGGAGGCAUAACAGCUUUACGAAUCUCAGCCACUUCGCGGCUCACGAAUGUGUCGACAACGCGUCCGAAGAUACGGAGUUUUGGCACCUGUUGGCUAGUUCUCCACGGCUGGAGGUGUUGGCUCUCAACGACUAUUGCGUCAACUGCGAUCAACCGGGUCCAGAAAGCCUCAUUGUCCCACUUCCCCAUCUUCGCAGCCUGCAGUUCGACGGUAUGGGAGCCCCUUCCACAUGCGCUCUUUUGCACUACUUCGAUAUACCGGAGACGUGCGACGUACAUAUUUCGUGCGAACCGGCCGCGACGGACGAUGAGCUGGUCACUAUGCUGGCACCUUCGACGCACAGCCGUCUACUGCAGCGAGCGUUCCAUACCGUGCAACUGGGAGCGAAAUCCUCAUCGGCCGUGUUCAGAGGACGAAUUGCUGUGCGUUCUGGCACCCUCUUCGUAACUGGGAUCGAUAACUUCGGGUGCCUUGCUGGUGUCGCGAGCCCUGAUGCCCGACUCGUUAUCAUGCUGGACUGUUGCAGCGAGCCACCCACCGCCGCGGAAUGGGGGCACCUGUUCGAAAGCAUGCCCAAAAUUCAUACUCUUGUCGUCAUCAGCUCGCCAUCAUAUGCGGAAGCACAGAUGACGGACAUCUGCGACGCCCUCUGCUGCCUCUCAGACGCCCCGAAGCCGCAGAUACCUCCCUGCCCGGCCCUGGAGAACCUCCACUUCUACGCCGACUGGGUAUGCCAGAUCACGUACGCUGCCUGGACGGUGGCAGGAUUCCGCACCGAAUUGGGCGCGCCACUACGCGAGCUAACCAUCCACCACGACCCAUGGAGAUUAGCCACGUCUUGUGAGCAGUGGGAUGCAGGGACGGUAGACACUGUGACGUUCGACUGCUUCGGCUUACCUGAAGGAUUCAAGAGCAAGCGGACUCUUGACUUCGCCGACGACAUGAAAAGGCAGAUCUACGUCGACGCCAUACCACCGCAUCCGGUAAUUGAGGGAAAAUGGGCAUGUCUGGGCGAGGAAAGAGAGGAGUGGAAGCGUAAGGAAUCCGUAAUUGAAUACAGAUCCGACGAUGAAUAGUAAAUGUUGCAUCUUGCAAGGGCACCCAUCACGCACCUCACCUGCGAGACCCAUUUUGCUCGCCAUCAUCAGUCUCGAGUGCAUCCUCGCCGCCUUCAGCACCCCCUAGGAUAGAUACUUGACUAGGCGCGCCGUGAAUGACGUUCUCGCACGGAGGUGUGGUCAGCUAUUGCAUUGUCUGGGAUGGAAUACGUGUACAUUGGUCCUUACAAG